AAUGAUAAAAACUUGGUCACCAUCAAUCCAAGCUGCCAUUUUCUUUCUCAGAAUCUUCAACUUGUUGCUGAUGGUGGCUCAUGUUUACUUUGCGGUGGCUUUUAUUACACUGACUAAAGAAUUUGAUCUUUAUAAUAGUUCACUUCAGAUGAUUGGGGUCAUUUUCCUGCCAAGCUUCUUGUUCCAGGUUUCAUCGAGAUUCAGAGCAAGCUGGAUAUUCCAUUUCUUUGCACAUGGAGUUAGCUCUAUUGUGAUAGCCAUUGCAAUUGUAUUGGUUUUGAUUAUGAGACAAUUCCCUCAAACAGAACUCGAUGACUACUCAUUCUUUCUAUUAGGAGUAAUCUUUGGUCCAGGUGCUAUCAUAUCCAUUAACCUGCUGAUCCUCCUCAGUCUCACUCAGCCUAGUCUAAGGAGAACCUAUUUCAUCAAUCAGGAUGUGCAAAUGUACCAAACAAUGCUGGCUAUCUAAAUGAGUCAGGAAAGCCUGGAAAUAGCUAAUAAUAAUU